AGCAGGAUAAACUCGUCAGAAUGGAUGCUCGCCUUCGGGUGCACCUUGCCAGAAAGGCUUGCGCGCGAUGUAGAUCCCAGAAGAGGCGAUGCGACAGGGCUACUCCUGAAUGCGGACUAUGCCGGAGGCUUCGUCAAGCCUGUCACUAUGAAGGACGGGCAAUAUCAUCUCCAAAUUCGACACCGUCGUCCUCCCUUGACGCAGAGCUCCCCCUUGAAACGUUAAGUCCGGGCCAUAUCAAAGACGCUAUCGCUAAGAAACUCACAUCAGCCCCAAGCGAUAUUUUUGCGACAUACAUCCAAUCCAUCCAUCCUUGGUUCCCUAUUAUCGCACAAACAUCACCGGAUCAGCUCCCGCAAUCUUGGAACGAAGCUUCCCUGGAUUACACGCUCCUCGCCCUCUGCAUUAGUUUGCUUUGUACCUCCCCGCCUCCCUCUUCAGGAGACGGGACUCUACCUGGCCUUCAGUCCGCGUACCUACAUGUCAAGAGCUGGAUAGCAGUGAUCGAAGGACUCGGCAUCACCUCGCUCAAGAUCGUCCAAGCAAGGACUUUGGUCACACUAUUCGAGGUUGCACAUGGUUUCUACCCGGCAGCUUACAUCUCUAUUGGGACUACUGUCAGAGCUGCCGAUGCACUUGAAAUUCACACUGACUUAUCUCCAUCAUCUUCAUCGCCUACUACUGAUGAGUCAGGCAGAGAGGAGGCCGUAAUAAUCGGGUGGGCAAUCGGUAUUCUGGACAGAUAUGUAACAAUACAAUCUGGACAUCGCCCAUCUCUCACUCGCUCUCUCAUCAAGGGUAUCCAUGAUCCCGACAAAAUCCCCUGGCCCACCGGCCUCGAGAAAGACUCAAGGAGCCCUCUCUGGCAACUCUCCGUAUGUUUGAAGCGUCCACACUUCUUGACAACAUACACAACGUGUUACACAACCCCACUUCAGAACAAGCAUUCAACGUGGAAGAAAUAGGGCUUUUGGUGGAGACAUCAUAUAGCCUCCGCACGCUCCUAAUCGAAGAGGUUGAAGAUGCGGACCAGAUAUACUCCGGCGGGCUAGGACUUUGUCAUACAUUAGUUGAGUCGCGUUCUUCUCUUCCAGAUCUUCUUGAAAUCUUCGCCUCGACGCUGAUGUUGCACAGUGGCCUACUCCUGGCCUACGAGAACGUACAAAAGUUCAGGUUACCGAUGGACAAUCUUUAACUUGCCAAUCACUUGCCACAUCAUCUUUAAACCCCGUGCUCACCACCAUAACCAACAUGGUCUACCCCUUUGUCAAUGGUACACAAACCAUGGAUUUUGAUCGCCUUCCUCCAUCCACCACAUUCCUUGUGUACAAAACGGCAAGCCUAGUGACAGAGAGGAUGUGGAUGGAAACAGACUCAAGUGAGCCAUUGAGAAAGCUACGGAUUCUGAGAGGAUUCUUAAAAAUGGUCAACGCAAGAGUAUUACCUUGGCCUUCUCAACGAGGAUACAGCGCCGCGAAUAUUAAAAUAUAUCGAGAGCGGGUAGAAUUAUCUCUGCUUAAAGUUAGCGGAAGAUAGGCGCCGAAGCCGAGUAGAUCCAUUGGAAUCAUGAAUAGACCGAACA